AUGAAUAAACAGAAUCCAUCAAUCGAUUAUGAAGAUUUGGAAUCAGAAUUUGACUAUGCAAAUGAUGCUGGAAGCAGUGUUGAUAGAAGAAAAAGUUAUCGAAUACAGGAUGAUCAAUUAUGGAAGAAACCACGAUUUGGAGAAGUUGCAUUGCCAGAUCGAAAGAAAGCAAGAGGCAUAUUUGAUCAAGAACAGUCCUGUUUUGAGAGACGAAAACAACGUCUAAUGACUCUAGACGUGUACACGCGACAUAAAGAACUUAUAAAUCAGUAUUACCUCUGUUAUCCAGGUGCAACAGCAAGAUUACAGCGAGAUACAUCCAGAGAUCGCACCGAUUAUGAUGUCCUGAAAGACAAUCACAGAUUUCUCUGGGAUGAUGAUGAGUUAAUGAAAGCAGCGGAGAAGUCGUGGGAAGCCCGUUUAGCCAAACGUUAUUAUGACAAACUUUUCAAAGAAUACUGUAUUGCUGAUCUUUCGCAAUACAAAAAGAAUAGAAUAGCUAUGAGAUGGCGAACUGAAAGAGAAGUCAGAUCAGGGAAGGGUCAGUUUGAAUGUGGCAAUAAAAGGUGCAAAGAAAAAGACUACCUUACUAGUUGGGAAAAUAGCAUUAAGAAAAAUGCUCUUGUCAAGUUGCGGUUGUGUCCUGAAUGUUCAAAAAUGCUCAAUUAUCAUUCUCAGAAAAAGAAGCCAGAAAAGAAAGAUAAACAUAGACACAGAAAGAGAUUGCCACAUGCUAGGAGUCAGAAAAGCGAAGAAACUGCGGAGCAAACAAACACUUCAGAAGUCCAGCAGCCAGCAGUUUCUGAAGAAACGUUUAAAGAAGUAGAACAGAAUAUUGACGAAAAACUGGAAAAGGAUAAUUUAAUGGAAAUCUGGAGGAAAUCACCGGAAGACACUGAUCCAGAAAAAAUUGCUGAACGAGAACUUGAUGAUUUCUUGGAUGACUUGUUAUUGUAA